AGUGCCGGCCAGGGUUUGGUUGAUUUGCGAUUGAUCACUCGGAAAAGGGGGGUGGAUUUUCCGAGUGUGUGUGUGAGAGAGAGAUGUGCUGUGUGCGUGUCUGGGGUUAGUGUAGAGCUGAGAUUGAUCGCAGCCGUGACGAGUGGCAGAGUCAGUCAGAUAGCAGCCAAAAAAGCUAGCGAACUGGUGUCCUGCAGGUGUUCGGACGAGAAGUGUGGCCGCUUGGAAUUUUCUCUCCACUUUUUUUUAGUGCUGCUCUGCAUAUGCUGUACUUUCACACAUUUUCUUUUCCCAUCCGUUUUUAAUGCAGUUGCGCGAUCGAGGCGUCUGGAGCGCAGUGGGAAAGGGGAGAGCAGAGGCCCGAUUUCCCGGCAUUGCCGCAAGUCCACCUCUGUUCCUCCCGUGGAGUAUUUGAGUCCCUCACUACCGCGACCUGGAUGGAUGGGUAUGGGGAAAGCCAGAUUUUACUACCCCGGGGCUGAUCGCCUCCUCCUACCAUCUCCUCUUCUCUCUCUGCUGGUCCUGAUCGCUCUCGCUUCCAGAGUCUACAUAGGAGACUGCCAAGUGCAAACCCCUCAAUGUCGAAUCCAGAAGUGUACAACAGACUUUGUGUCCCUCACGUCCCAUCUUAACCCCUCCCUGGAUGGCUUCGACACCGAGUUCUGCAAGGCGCUGCGGGCCUACUCCGCUUGCACCCACCGCACCUCCAAGAGCUGCCGUGGCAACCUUGUCUUUCACUCCGCCAUGCUGGGCAUCAGCGAUCUCAUGAGCCAGCGCAACUGCUCCAAGGACGGGCCUACCUCCUCCACCCACCCGGAAACCGCUGCCGAGCCCUGCAACUAUCACAGCCGCCACCAUGGCAACAGCAGGGACCUCCAGGCUAAGGAGCACGCUCAGCCCACCUACCUCUUCUGUGGCUUGUUUGGAGAUCCCCACCUCAGGACUUUCAAGGACCACUUCCAGACCUGCAAGGUAGAGGGUGCCUGGCCCCUGAUCGACAACAACUACUUGUCAGUGCAAGUAACCAAUGUUCCAGUAGUGCCCGGUUCCAGCGCCACAGCAACUAAUAAGAUAACCAUCAUCUUCAAACCUUACCAAGACUGCACCGAUCAGAAGGUGUACCAGGCCGUGACAGAUGACCUUCCCUCUGCCUUUGUGGACGGCACGAUGAGUGGGGGUGACAGUGACACCAGGAGUCUGUGGAUUGUGGAGAAGGCCGCUGGGCGGCACGUGGAGAUCGAGGCGAACUACAUCGGGGCCUCUGUCAUUGUUCGACAAGUGGGCCGAUACCUGACCCUGGCUGUGCGCAUGCCCGAGGAGCUGGCUUUGGCCUACGACGAGACCCAGGACCUGCAGCUUUGCAUGAACGGCUGCCCCACGGCAGAGCGCAUCGACGAGGGUGGGUACCUCCCUCUGCCCGUCCUGGGCCUGCACCAGCCCAGCCACCAACAGCAGCAGCAGCUGCAGCAGCACAGCCUCCCCCUACAGCCACGCGGAGGCUUCUCGCUGGAGAGCGCCACAGCCAAGUGUCAGGAGCAACUCGAGGUGAAGGACAUCUACUUCCACUCCUGCGUCUUUGAUCUCCUCACCACGGGAGACGCCAAUUUCACCUCGGCCGCCUACAGCGCCCUCCGGGAUCUCGAGGCGCUUCACCCUCAGAAGGAGCGCUGGCACAUUUUCCCCAGGGAAGGCAACGCCGGCCCCUCUUUGACUCCUCAUGCUCCUCUCCUCCACCUGACACUCCUCAUCUGCUUUCUCCUUGCUGUGUUUUUGUAGGAUCACGUUUUUGGUCAUGAACUAAACAAAAAAAAAUUAAAUAUAUAUUGUCAUAAUAUAUUGAUGAAACAUAAAAAAAACAAAAAAAACAAAAAAGGUAUAUAUGUAUAUACUGUGUAUAUAAAGGGAUAUUGAACCCUAAAAGAAAAAAAGAACACUCCUGAUUGUACAUAUUGUGUAAAUUUUUAUUUUCAGGAACGCUGGAUGUAGUUGUUUUUCUUUUUUUUAUUUUGGUACCUCAAAAAUGAGGCUUUUUUAACCGAAGCACUUUAUUUUAUAUUUUGCUGACAGUGUUCCCUCUAGUUAGAGAUGAGUCUCUUUAUGAUUGUCAACUUUUUGACUUACUUGGGGUCCGAAGUUUUUUUUGUUUUGUUUUAAUUCAGCGCCUUUGUGAGUUUGUAAUGCUUUAAGUAGGGCUGUCUGUAACUACUACCAUCCUUCAGCCUGAUAGCUCAUAAUUACGUAAUAUUUAGGAGCGCUUAAAAUUGCAUAAUAUUUUGGGGAACAGCGGAGGAGCUGGAUAAGCAUCAUAAUUCGGGCUUGAAGCUUUGGUUUUAAUCCGAUGUUCAUUUUGCUUAACGUUCAGUAUGAUAAUUGAAUGUUCAUGGUGAUUAACCUCUGUGUAUUAGAAUAAUGGAAUCAAACGUAUAAAUAGGUUGGAAUUAUUUUGUAAAUGUACACAAAACAGAUUAAAAAUUAAUGUGUAGGAAAUAAUCUACAGGCAAAUACCAUCAAAGUACUUCCCCACAGCUGGUAAAUAGAAAAAACAUAAUUAUGAUGCUUCUGUUGGUAGUUCCACCCAUUUCAUUUUGUGCAGCAUCCUGUCUUGAUUGCUAAGCAAAGGUCUGCAGAAUCAAGUAUUAUGUUAGAUGUCUGCGGCUCCCAAGUGGCUCAGCCAGUAAAGGAGCUCAUUCAGAACUCGUAGUUGAGUUCUGUGAUCCACACAUUGAGAGUUUGUCCUUGUUUCACUAACUAGUUAACUGUGGCAGGGACAUUCUAUAAGCAAUGGUGCAAAUUUGUCAGUGCACUACCAGGGCGAAAAUUCAGAUUAUAGAGUUAGGGUUAUCGGCUUUUUAGCAGACAGCGAUUUCUCCAACUUCCAGUAAUGUCAGUAAGAGAUGUGCUGCUCCUCCAUUCAUUGCCAACUCCUCAGGUAGUGUGGAGUGAUGAACCGCUCUAAUAAGUGGGUGGGUCUAAUAAAACCUGAGCCUGCCCUUCUUAAGUCUCUCUGACCAGUACAGGAGCCAUUGCUGUGAACCAAGACCUUACAAAAUCAGUUGAUUUUUCAAGAUCGACUGAUUAUAAAAUGACAAGUGCAGGACAAUUGUGAAACAUGUUUGUGGCAACCUAGAAGACACGCAACAUUGAACCUGUUUUGUUCAGUCUUUGUUUGGUGCACAAAGUGUUACAUACAGUAUGUUCUUUGGCAGAAGCCUACUUAGCUGGAGCUGUGGCACCCUGCUCUUGAGGAUGUGAACACCCCCCACAUACACAACCAGCCCAGGGACAGCUGCAAGGCAGGCAGCGGGGCAGGAAAAUGUGUAACUCAGUGGGAAACAUUGGGAAAGAAAGGCCCUGAGGGUGGCUCACCACCCACACUUACAGUGCUGGACAGUAUGUUACAUAACUGGCUUGAGCAUGUGAUUGCCUUCUCUACCAAGUCCUGGUUUAUAUGAUCCUUUUAUUUGUAGGGGAUGUACAAAGUCAUUCAAAGAUUAUUCGUCUUUGUGCUCAGAUCCCUAGUAUGAGUUGGAAUGAAACAGCUACACUGCAGUUUAGGUAUUAGCAGCAAUUGGUGUUUGAAGGACAGAGGUACAUAUUAUAUUAUGUAUGAUGUCCAGACGUUCUACAUGGAUAUCAAAUCACUGCUGAGGAAUACAAAUCUUGAAUCAUGUUCAAUACUAGCUUUAAUUUAUUUCAUGCCUCUGAUGCUUAUUUUGGAAAACAAGCCCAAGUUAUUUCCUACAAAUACUUGCCUGCCUGUUUGAUUUAAUGGCAGAUAUUGUAAGGAAUAACAGAAAAUGUGUAGUUGAGGUCAUUAAUUGAUAUUCAUUCAUUCCUUAAAUACAUAUAUAUUUGAACUCUUAUGUCUUUGUUGCCAGAGAAGUCAUUCUCUUGCCAGAAAAUUGUUUUUACACUUUUUAACUUAAAGAUUCAGCAUUCUAUUAGACAAUAAGCAUACUGGCAAAACUGCAUUCUGAUAAUAACAAAUUAAGAAGGAAAGGAGCCAUUCAUCAAUAAAAUGUUAAUUACUUAGUUGAUUUCAUGCUUGAGGGAAAAGGUCUUCUUUUACAUGGAUCCUUCUAAAUUGCACAUUCCUUACAUUAACAUUUGUGUAAUGGAGGAUUUGUAAAAUGGAGAGUAGUAGGAGAGAAUGUGUUAAUGAUAGUUAAUAUGAACUGCUCCUGUGUAUUUGUUAAAACAAGUACACUCUACAGUAUAGAUUUUGUGCUUUCACAAUGUGUCCUCCACUUCUCAUUGUCAGAAAUGAGCUUAAAAAAAGACACACACUGCACUCCAGAGCACUCAAUCUGCACCAGCAGACUCAGUAGACAUAUUAAUGAGUGUGAAGUGUACAGGUAAUUUGGCAGUAGAAUAAUGUGAAAAUUUAUCUUUUGAUUCAAGAGUAGCCUUGUGACUUUCCUUUCUUGUUUUGACUGGUAUCUGCAGUGCUUUUAAACCUCAGUUCUCUGCUUUCUGUUUUCUUUUCAUUUAUAACCAAAGCACUUUUUAAAAGAAAUAAUCUUUGUCUAUGACCAAGCAGGUAUUUGUACUGUGUAGUUUUUAUGGUGAGUUUUUUUUUAAAUAUUUAUUAAGUGUAUUCCAAAAAACACAAAAUUAUGCUCUGCUUUUCUGCUCCAUCUGUUUGAUAUCCAAUCAUGCCAUACAUUUCAGCCUAAUUUUUUCUCCCAUGUAUUUGUGUUUCAGUAAUCUAUGACAGUCGUACUUAGAUUUUUGAAAAGGUAUCUUCACUUAAUUCUGUAAAAAUAUCAUCCUUCUUCAUUUGAAAAAGAAAAGACCACACAGCAAGACGUGUAUUUUAUUGCAAAGCCUUUGCUAUUUAACCUUUUAGAAGUUUUAAAUUAUAAAGCAACUGUCUGGUGAAAUGUGCUCUUUGAAUAAGUUAAUGGCAGCCUUUUUUAAAACCUUUGACUGAAUUCUGCAUAUAUUUUUGCAAUUUCUUCUUGAUAUUUGUGGUAGAGUGAUUGAAAUGUUGAAAAAAAGAACACUUCCCUCUUGCAAAAAAAAAUAUGCUUCACUAGAAUGCGCCAUGUGUUUUAGACCCAUGAAAAUCUAAUUUUAUUUAAACCUUUGCUGACACUGAAAUCCAUUUGCCUUGGGCAGGGAGAAGGUAGAAUUCUGUGAAAUUGCAUUAUGUUAGAUUUAUCUAUCAAUUAAUGUCCGGCUUUCAGCCUCUUGGCCUGCUGCUUCAGGUAAUGGAGCAUUUAAAUUUAAAAUAUACAUCAAAUGCCACAAGGCAAAACCAGAAACGCGCUAUGUAACACAAUCCCCCCUCAAUUAUCCCUUGACACUUGCUACUGUACAUUGGUUAUUUGCAAAUACUUGGUACUACUGCCACAGCCAAAGCGCUGCUACCAUACUGUGACAAGCACAGUAAUCUGUGCAACUUUUUUUACUUAAAUGGAACACUGGGAGCUGAACAGAAAAUGGCUGGCAGUAGAGGUCCUCUGAUUUCAGUGCAAUUUACUGCGAAAGUAAACCUUCAUCUUGUGUUUCACUUUGUCAGCAUUUUUAUUUCUAUUUUUUUAAUGUGGCGUAUAGAUAUCCGUUAUCUGUUUUGUGAAAAGCGUGACUGCUCAAUGUGUAAAUACUUAAAUUAUUUAUAAACAUGGUGUCCUGUUAGAGGAAGAAGUUAAAGCUCCUUAUUCUUGCUGUUGGAACCUAUUUCAGAUGUGAUUGUACUCCCACCUAGUGGACCACAGUUGUUACUUCAGUGUUUUACUAUUUUACUGGUUGCAGUAAAAAGUGUUCGAGUGUUUUAUUUAAAACAAUAAAUAACAAACAAGCAA